CCUGUGAACACACUUGUAUGACGCUUAUCCAGCACUGCCAUGCUGUGGCAAAGCUCUUACUCUAUCUGGAGCUUCUUGUGCUUGUUAACACUUCAUCAAAUUCCUGCUGCAUCUGGAAUCAUUUGUGACCCAGGUGAAAAGGCCACAAGCGAUAGGAAUCGUUGUGAACGUUGCCCAGAGGACCAAUACAACCCUGCCAAGACUGAAAGUAAAGAAUGUCAUAACUGUGACCCUUGUGUUUCCAAUAGUAAGCAAAUUUCACCAUGCACACGAAAAAGUAAUACCAAGUGUCAGUGCUUAAAAGGUUUUGAACCUGUAGACAACACACAACAAAGAUGCUACUGCCAAAAAGGUUCAGGGAUAAAGUUUGCAGGUAAAAAUGUGAUCUGUGAGAAAUGUCCACCAAAAACUUCCACUAUUGACAUUAAUCUCAACUACUCAGAAUGUCAACUACAGCCACAGUAUGUUCGGAUCAGUGUAACUAUUCCAGGAAAUGUCACCACUUACGUCAAUUCCGGAAAUGAAGCGAAAACAGAUGUACCUCCUGCCUUGCCUUUGUCUCAGACAUCCACCAGUACAUUAACCAUGACUUCAACCACCAGCAGAAACUCCAUCUCUACCCCCGCAACCUCAAUUCCUGUGCCCCAAGACAGCACGAAGCAUGCCUUAUGGCUGGCCUCUCUCGCAGGUAUUGUGCUUUUCAUCCUCAUAAUGAAGAUUAGCAGGUGUCCUAAGAAAAAGACAGACAUUGUACGACAAGGUAGUGCUUGUGGUAAGCCAGUUGAGGAAUCCGGUGAGAAAUUCCUCCCACCCUGCUCUUCACAUGCUUUUGUUUAACAUGACUGAAAAAUAGCAGUAGGUAUUAUAUACCAGUCAAACUCACAAUGAUUUAUCUGCACAUUGCAUUGCUAUAGCCCUUGUACGUUCAGUUUGUUCCAUGAUUAAAGGAAACUGAAACUGAUAUGAUCGUCAGAUGCCCCAUGUAAGGAAACUUAAUUGUCAUAUGGUUCUUUUCCCUCAAUUCAUUUAAAUGUCUCUCUUGAUUUUUUUUUUGAGGAUGAGACAUUAUGACAUGUUAUCCUAUAGCAGGAAUUAUUUAAGUUUCAUAUUUUUUAUGAACUUACAGUAUGAUGAUAAAGUGCUCAUGAAAUUAUUUAAAAUUGUAUAUUAGCACUGGAUCAAUAUCUCAUAUACAGUCAGUUUCUUUCAUUAAAGAAAGUCAUUUGUCUUUUAUUUAACAUAUACAUAUAAUGAGAAAUGCAUAGAAAGAUGUUGACUGUUUGAGCUAACUUCGAAACCAGUGUGUAGCUGCUGAAAAAAAUAAACCUUACUGUGAAGCCAUGACCUUUUACUGAUGUUUCCAAAAUGCCCUUCUGUUUUUACCACUGAAAUGGAUCUAUGCCCUUUGAUGACUCACAAGCUCCUGAGAUACCAAACCUGGAUAACUUGCGUGCUUAAGACAAACUGAGAAUGCUUAUUAAAUUGGGUUUUUUCCUUCUUGUUCUCAUUAUGUAAAUUAAAAUAGUUCUUCUGGUGUUUGAAGUUACCACACGAACAGUUCACAUGUUCUUUGGGAUUUCUUUUAUGUUAUUUCUUGUGACAUCUAUAAUGUAUGCAUUUUUUACAAAACUGGAUUUUAUUUAUUCUUUCUUUUUUUUUUUACAAUGUAUUAAAACA